CUGCACCCAGCGCAGCGUAAAUCAGCUCAGUUCCUCCUUUCUUUUAUAUUCUAAUUCAUGAUCAGUAUAUGUGGACCAAAGAAGAACCAUUUUAAUAACAAAUAAGAGGUAAACAAAGGAGAAAAGAGUCUAUGAGGGAGCGGAGCAGCAGAACAGGACUACAGAGUUUACCUGAGACUCAUCUGAUCUAAGGAGAUACACUUCAACAGGUUUACACACGUUUCUAACAGAGGGUCCUUCAACCAAAACUGCACCUUCACCCGGUGCUCUUCUGCUCAUCUGUGGUGUUUAUCUGAGAAGAUGGUCGGAGAGGAGGACAUCUCUAAAGAUCUGCUGGAAAGCAUGCAGGAUGCGGUUGGUCGGCAGGUCAAACUGAGUCUGAGAAAGAAAGUGCAGCUGGAAGUCAAAGGUGACAAACAGGACAGUCGAAUCCUGGCUCUGGCUCCACACCGAGCGUUCCUGCUGACACUUCGAGUACCCGCCAGGAUAGAACAAAGCUUAAAUUUUUUCGACAUCCAAGCGCUGAGCAGCAGCAAGCCGGGUCAGUUGGUCGUGGACUAUGAUAAAGGACAGCUGCGUGUGGAGCUGAACUCGAAUGAAGAUGUGGAUGAAGUCAUUGCUCAGAUAGGACUGAGCAUACAGGAACACUGUCCUGGACUCAACCCACAGAGGGUGAUAAAGAAGCUAUUGCUAAAGCCAGCUGAAAGAAUGACCAGUCUACAAACAUUCUGGGAGAAUAACCCUCCUACUGAUACUGCACCCUGUGGUGCAUUUUCCCGGAUGUACUGGUGUAUAUGUGAUCAGAUGGGGUUCACUUACAAAGCAGAGGUGCAGUGGGAUGUAGACACUAUCUACCUCACCCAGGACACAAGAGAGCUCAACCUGCAGGACUUCAUCCAUCUAGAGACCAGGGACCUGAUGGCCAUCGUGGCAGUCCUGGAGUACAACCAGUGGUUUACUAAACUCUCACUCAGGGAUUAUAAACUGCCUACAGAUUUAUGUGAUCAGAUCUUGAGAGUAGUGGCUCGUUCCAGCAGACUAGAGGAGCUGGCUCUGGAAAACACAGGACUAAAAGCUGAUUUUGCACAGAAGUUGGCCAACGCUCUGAGUCAAAACCCACAUUCAGCUCUACACACUCUCAACCUGGCUAAUAACUCAAUUGAGGAUAAAGGUAUUACAUCUCUGAGUUCUCCACUUGGAAAACUUCAGUCUGGUCUGAAACAUCUAAACUUCUCCAAAAACUCCCUCUCAGCUAAAGGUGUGAACAUUUUGGCACAGGUUUUGUGUUCAAAUCCUUCAUUUUUCAACACACUUACACACCUGAACCUGUCCGGAAAUUCACUAAGAGGAGACGACAUGACUAACCUGUGGAAUUUUUUGGGACAGCCAAACUCCCUACACACUCUGGAUCUGUCUAACUGUGACUGUCCUCUUGACCUGGUCUGUUCUUCUUUAUUACGAGGUUCUCUCAAGCACCUUUCAGUUCUCAACAUGUCCAAGAACGUCUUCAGUACCAGGAGGGGUAAAGAACUGCCUGCCUCCUUUAAGCAGUUCUUCAGCAGUGCUCUUUCACUCAGUGCCAUCAUCCUAUCUGGCACCAGACUCCCACCAGAGGCCCUAAAAGCUCUGUUGCUUGGUCUGGCCUGCAACCCCAACCUGAAGGACGUUUCAUUGGAUCUGAGUAGCUGUGAGCUACGAUCUGCUGGAUCUCAGAUUCUGGAGGGCUGUAUAGCUGAGAUUCCCAACGUCUCCAGCUUGGAUAUAUCAGACAACAGUUUGGACUCUGAUCUCACAACCCUGCUGGUCUGGCUGGCAAAGAAUCGUUCCAUCAGACAGCUGUCUCUGGGUAAAAACUUCAACAACAUUAAAUCCAAGAAUUUGGGGCAGGUACUGAAUAGCUUGGUCCUUAUGAUCCAGGAGGAGGAAUCGCCGUUAAGCUCCCUAUCUCUGGCUGAUUCUAAGCUGAAGGCGGAUCUGUCCAUAGUGUUAAACGCUGUAGGAGGAAACAACUCUCUCACUCGACUAGACAUCAGCGGUAACGGCAUGGGGGACAUGGGUGCCAAAAUGCUGGCUAAAGCUCUCCAAAUCAACACCAAACUCAGGACAGUAAUUUGGGACAGGAACAACAUCAGCGCACAGGGUCUUCAAGAUGUAGCAGCUGCUUUGGAGAAGAACUACACUAUCCGCUUCAUGCCGGUACCAAUAAUGGAUGCUGCACAGGCUCUCAAAUCCAGCCCAGAGAAAACUGAGGAUGCCCUCAUGAAGAUGGAGCAGUACCUGCUUAGAAACCAUGAAACUAGGAAAUACCUGCAAGAACAGGCCUACCGACUGCAGCAGGGCAUCGUCACCUCCACCACACAACAGAUGAUUGACAGGCUGUGUGUGAAAGUGCAGGACCACCUCAACUCUUUGCGCUUUAGUGAGAGAGAAAGGGUUCAGGAAGAUAUGAAAGUGGCUGAGAGACUCGUCCAGGACGCCCGUAACUCAAAAAGACUUUUGGCCAGUAUGUACCAUCUGCGAUCAUCGAAGCAUGGGGGUGGAGAGGCAGCUGGGGGUGGAAGUGAGGCCUCUAAGAGCCCAUGGGUGGCACCAAUCCAGGAGAAACUGCUGUCGAUGGCAGGAGAGGUCAGCAGUGUAAUAGACCAACAGCUACAGAGUUUGUUGGUGUCCAUGGUUGACACCGCGGAGAACGUGUGUCCUCACGUGAUGAAAAAAGCGAACCUGAGACCAGCUCUGAUGCGGGUGAGUGAAGGGAGCAUGAGUGUUCCUCAAACCUUCGUCAUUAACACCCUGCUCGAGCAGUCUGCCGUCGACAUCAUCAACAAGAUCAGUGAAGUAAAGCUCAGCAUGGCCUCGUUCCUGUCUGACCACAUCAUCGAUGAGAUCUUGGCGUCCCUGUCUCGCUCUCAACACACUUUGGCGGAGCACCUGAGUAGGCGUGGCCAGCCACUGAUACAUCAUGAUUCAGAGGAGACGGAGGUUGUGGAUGAAAGGCAACUAGAGGCAGAGAAGCUACCACCACCUCCAACUGACCUACUGCUGACUCCAACAUCCAAGAGGCAAAGUAUUUUGUUCAGGAUGGUGCGUCCCAUCUCUGUGGCCUUCGAGCUAGAGUUUGAUCUGGAUAAGGCACUGGAGCAUGUGCCGAUCCAUGUGGAGGAUCUACCACUGCCUCCACCCCCGGAGCCUGUACAGGUGGACUCAAACAGGCCAGAGACCACGUGUUUUAAUGAUCUGCCAGAUACAGAAAGUCCCAAGCUACAGCACAUCACUAAACUGAGACCACGCAGAAAGAAGUUCAGCAAACCAAGCAAACCAAUCAGAAGUGCUUCUACAGAAGAUGUGGAGCAGAAUGAGUUUGUGGGGAAACUCGAUGAUGGCCUGGACGAUUUCUUUGAUAAAAAAGUCACAAAGUAUGGAGCGAAGCGUUUCUCCGGGAAAGUGUUAAGUAUGGAAGGAGAAAGGAAGAGGGAAUCUCGCAUGAGCGGCUUCUUCAACCUUAUCAAAUCACGUUCCUCUGUCAAAUCUCCACCCACCAGCCCUCGCACACCUACCACCAACCCAACCAGCCCUACACCGUUAAUGUCACCAGUCAUCAUAGAAUCUGAGGCUGCGGACUUCACAAAACCUGCAGCUAAAAGUCCUGCCCCUGAACCUACCCCUGAGCCUAUCAGAGCUCAGGUACCUGAAAAGGUGGAGCCAUGUGAAAAUGUAGAAACAGCGGUGACCGCUGAGCCCAAAGUUCACGCUGAGGAGAGUAAGAAGCGAGAUGGUCCUCAUCAAGGCAAAAUCCGAGGGGUGCAGGUGAUGGGUAAUGACUUUCUGGCUCAGCUUAAAGCCAAGCAGGAGAGGUUGAAAGAGAAGACCAAUGAACCAUCGUCCACUGCAAAUAAAGCUGAACUAGAACAUGGCGAGGGUGACCCCAGCACUGCAGAGAAGCCAGCAGUCCUUCAGAAAGAGCAGCACCCCGAAGCUCUUUUGAAAUUCCAACCUACCCAAAUCCACCUAAAACCCACUGGACUUGCUCACACCCCUGCAGCCAAACACAGCCCUGUACCCUUACACAUAGGUCUUAAAGCCUCACACAGCCCCGCUAACAGCAGCUCCACAUCUGCCACGACCGACCCAGAUCACAAGCCAAGCCAGGAGCAGCUUCCCCACCCACAACAUCCCCGCAGCCCUCUGGGAAGCUCCAGCACUCCAGCUGAUGAUGUCCCGGACCAUCCCAGUGUCAGCUCCUCUUCCAAACUUCCUGUAAAAGCUCAACACCAUAAGGUGGCGUUAUCUGAAUCAGGGAUGGAAGUGCAGUCACACAUUCAUCCUGCUUCUGAAGACCAGCUUCCACCUCCGAUAGUGCUGGAACCUGCAGCAGAUAACGGUGUGUUUGAACCAGAACCACACACAGCUCCAUCACAAACUCCAGUAGAAGCAAGAGGUUGUGUUUACUCAUCAAUCAGUUCUACUGAAGAGUCAGAGGAUCAUCAGAAGUCCAUGCCUCUCACUGCACAAGCUGGGCCACGGACCUCCACAGACUCUUCUUCAGCUCCAAGCUCUCCAGAUUCAAGCAUCACCAGCACCCAACUCCAGUCUACUGCUACAGCCCAACACACUGACCCAACACCAGGUGAGCUUAGUUCUGGGGAGGAGGAGGCGGUUUGA